GGGGUGGAGGGUGGAGGGUAGAAAUAGGGGCGGGCGGGCCGCGCCAGUCUCCGAGCCGCGCCGAGCCGACCUGAGCCACGCCGAGGGCGCCCAGCGAGGCGCCGAGCCCUGAGUACCCAUGCUGCUGACGCUGGCCUGGGGCUCACUCUUCUUCCCGGGGCUCUUCGUGCUCUCCACCUGGUGGCUGCGCCGCGCGCGGCCCGCAUGGACCUACCACGACUGCGUGAUGAUCAGCACCAGGGUGGUUUCUUCAGCGCAGGCUGUGUUGGCCACCGGGUCAGGGAUCGUCAUCAUCCGCGCCUGUAGAAACGUGGUCACCGACAGACACUGGCUUGCUCGAGAAUAUGUCUGGUUUUUGAUUCCGUACAUGGUCUAUGACACCUACGCCAUGUACCUCUGUGAAUGGUACCGAACCAGAGAACAGGACCGCAGACACACCCUCACCAUUUUUCGAAACUUCCUAAGUAAAAACCGCCUCAUGAUCACACACCAUGUGGUCAUUCUGUUGGUCCUUGUGCCAGUUACGCAGAGGCUUAGGGGAGAGCUGGGGGACUUCUUUGUUGGCUGCAUCUUCACGGCAGAACUGAGUACUCCAUUUGUGUCACUGGGCAGAGUUCUGAUUCAGCUGAAGCAGCAGCACACGCUUCUCUACAAAGUGAACGGAAUCCUCACGCUGACCACCUUCCUUUCCUGUCGGAUCCUCCUUUUCCCCUUCAUGUACUGGUCCUACGGCCACCACCAGAGACUAAGCCUGUUUCAAGUGCCGUUCAGGAUCCCUUUACAUUGCAACAUGGCCAAUGCCUUCCUCAUCGCUCCCCAGAUCUACUGGUUCUCUCUGCUGUGCAAGAAGGCGGCCCGGCUCUUUGACACUCCCCCAGCUGGAAAGGAUGGAUAAUCGCUCCCAGGAGUCAGGCAGUGAGGGUGCCUCCUCCACUCAGUAUUCCAUGGACCAAAUAGUGCCUUGGGUGGCCUCAGCCUUUUGGGUAUUGGUAAGCAGAUGGGUUUGAGUUUCUCUAAAGAAUAUUCCUAUUAUCUCCCUUUUAACCUUUGCAAAAGCACUUUUUUCUUAGUAACAACGAUUGGAUCCUGUCAGACCUCCAUGGGUAGCAAGGUGGUUUCAAAUGCAAGCCCAUGGCUCUUUCCUUGGGUCUUAAAGGCUCUGGGAGGAAGAAGCUUGGGCUGCAGAGCUCGGGGGACCAGGAUGUUAAGUGUCUGGGCACUCACCUGGCCCUAAUAUUGGUGGCUACCCACCUUUCCAACCACUCAGGGCAGUAUCCACACAUACUGGGCCAGCAGAGGCAAGUGACGACAUAGUUCUUAAAAUAAUUUCUGAUGAUGUUGGCCUGGGAAAAUCGUGUGGGUAAGUAGUUUUCUAUUGUUUACUAGAUAACCCAUUGGUUUUUUGCCUCACCCUUUCAUCCAGGUGCCAACAUUGAAUUCUCAUGUCUACUGAUUUCUAAUCAGAAGUCUCAUUGGUGGUGGGGGGGAGGGACAGGAGGCAGGGAUGGGAACCUGAAGCACUUGAGUAGUUAGGGAGGCCAACAGGUCAGCACCUUUGCAGGCUGACCUGGUAAGACCAGCGUCAAACUUGUGAGCUUGUUCAAAUACGAUCCCCUUUCUAGGAUGUUCCCUCAAGCCCAGCUUUCCCCAUAUCCAUGUGCACAGGAUGCUCUUAUGAAGACGAUAGGCGUAAAGUGAAAUGAUGGCUACCAAGCUAUUUAUUGGGUUACCCCACUCUUUGACAUUGUCCUUUUCACAUGAAGUGGAAAUGGACUUGUAUAUUCCAAACCAUGAGAAGACUCAUCUAGACUGCCUCCUGGUGAGCCAGAGCUUGUGGUCCAAAGUCUGUUCCUAUGUGAGUGUACCACCACUGAGCCACAGAAGGCUAGAGAGCAAGAGGGUAAGGCAGCCCUGGCCAAAAUCUGUCCUGUGGACCGCCUCCUUCACUACCAUUUGCAAAUGGGAUCCUGUGGUGCCAACACUAAUCAUUCCUUAUCAACUAGGAUGGGUCUUAGAAACUGUGCUACCAUGAAGUUGUUUUUCAAUUGGUAGUGGAAAACUAGAUUUUUAAAAGUGCCUUUUAAUUCACUGUUGUCCAUGAACUUUUAAAGUACUGAAUAUGUAACAGUGUCUCAAAUUUUGACUAUUUGUCUUUAAUGGGUGCCAUUGAAAAAAUGCAAAAUGCUGUAAUUUUUUUUACUGUUUUACUAUCAGUAUAUCUUUAUAAAUCACCCCUGUGGUGAUUAAAUUGCACUAAUAUUUCCCUACUCUCAUUUGUGAAAUACAUUAAUACCGACUUCCUGUAAGACCCAUUCCGUAACCUGAUUUGACUGGCUGCUGAGUGCUAGUUUCUCGUGUGUAUUCACAUCCAUGUAACUGGCAGAGGUGGGGUCUUGGGGGGAGCCUCUCAGUCACCAAGAGGGCCUACCUCAUACUUUAACAUGUUUCUGUGACUCACGGUUCCCAGAAUACACUGCAGGGUCCUAGUGUUCGAGCACAGUGGUCAUGUAACUUUUGGCCCUUUCUUCUUUUCCUAAGUGAACCCCAGUUAGGAGGUGGGAGUGUGAAACCCAACUGCGGGCCACAGGGCCAGGCCACUUUAAGUUGGGGAGGGAACCAGAAUAAUACCCCAUUUUGAGUGAGGGCAUUGAUAUGAAGGUGGUGAUGGAGUAUAUCCUUUUCCACUUCCUUGCCUCCCAAAUUAAGUACCUCACCAACCAGUUCUCAUAGUUCUAUAGUAUUGCCUGGACACCUUAAAUUCACAUUUCUAUGCUUCUGCAGACACCAUUCCUUGCUCCCAUCCUUCAAAACCAUGAUCUACUUCAGGCAGAAGAUAAUUACACUCAUCCUUUAAACACAUCUCUGCUGUGUUUAGCAGACCUAGUUUUAAUACAGUCCCUCUGGGGCCAUUGAAUGGACAGAGACAAGGCUAUUUGGCGGUCCUCAAUUCAGAAACUACCCAUUUUUCUUGGGGUCAUUAAUCUACUCCCAACACUAAACUUGCUUGGUCCAACCUCUCCUUUUACAGUCGUGCAGGGCUUUCGGGCACACAAAUCACAUGGCCAAUUGGUGGCAGAAUAGAGUUCUUUUCCUAAUAGCUGCCCUUUCCAAGAGACCACGAAAUGACUCUUGAAGAGAGUUUCAGUGCAAAAGAACACACAUACCUUAUUUUUCCAUUUAGGUGGUUUCACCUUUGGACUUAACCAAAUUUUAGGGUGAAGCAGCCCAGUUAUGAAUGUUUCUCCCUUGUUCCUUAAGUCCUUUUGACCUGAGCAGUUCAAAAAGGAUCGUGUGAUUGAUGGUAGGCUCACGUUGCCUACUGAAAAGAACACAUCUUCCUGCCACCGAGUUUCACUGUCAGAAGGGGUGACGGGAGAAGGCUGAAGGACCUUGGCCCAGGUGAUAACCAGAGCUUUCUUCUUCUAGGCAAAGGGCUGGGAGCACG